UAACCAGGAUUAUUAAACGAGAGAAUAAGAUCCUAGAUAUCAAGGUAACAAUUAAAAUGAUUUCCAUUAUUUUUUUGUUAAGAUUUGCUCAAGUGAAUUGUCAAACAUUUCAAAUUAAAAGUAUGAUUACUUAAGAUUCUGAUUAGAUUAAAAAAAGACAAUUAUUAAAAAGAAAAUAAAUCAAUGAAAAUUAAGUUUAACAAUAAACUACAACCAUAUGUAGAAGGUGUAGAAUUUAGAUUAGUGCUGAUCAGAGAACAUUUGUGUAUAAAUGCGAUUUUUGUAGAGAUGAUGUAAGUAGAUCAAAACUCAAAACAAGAGG